AUGUCACCCACUGCCGUAAACGGCCCCACGACACACGAUCAUUUUGAAAGCGGCCUCAAUCUUUCUGUUCUCGGUCUCGGUGCAGAAUAUCCGCCGUUCAGGGUAGGACCAGAAUGUCUCGAGACUCUGGCCAAUAGGUUUUAUCCACCGUCAACAGCUCUCAAAAAGGUCCUUUCCAUCAAUCGCUACACCGGGAUCGACACUCGUGCCGCCGUCGGCGACAUCGAUCAUCCUCUCGUUAAUCAGCCCACUGCUCCCAGCAUCACCGAGCUUAAUGACUUCUUCCGCGAAGAGGGCGUCGACCUAUCCGUUAGAGCAUGCAAGAAGGCCAUAGAAGAAUGGGGUGGGAAUGUGGAUGAGAUUACACAUGUUGUCUCUACGACAUGCACGAAUUCUGCCAACCCUGGCUUCGAUCACUACGUUACCAAAGAGCUGGGCCUACAGGCCAGUGUGGAAAAGAUAUUGCUACACGGCAUUGGCUGCUCGGGUGGACUCGCAGCAAUACGGGCAGCCGCAAACCUGGCACUGGGGUCAUCGUUUCGCAAGAAGCCUGCACGAGUGUUGGUCUUAGCUUGCGAAGUAUCGAGUGUAAUGGUGCGGUCAGAGUUGGAUUCAAUCGACAAGGAGCAGAAGACUCGCAUCGGAGUCUGUCUCUUCAGCGAUUGCGCUUCGGCUUGCGUUCUGAGCAAUGGUAUUGGGGAAGAACAUGACAUUCCCACGCCGGUCUACGAGAUCCUGGGCUGGAAGCAUGAGAUACUGGAGGAUACGGAUAAAGAUUUGGGCUUCGAUGUUGAUCCGUUUGGCUGGAAAGUCGUCCUCACGCCCCGCGUACCAGCCGUGGCAGCCGCUGCAGUAUCUCCAGCCUUUCAAGACCUCUUGGAAUCGAUCCCAGCAUUGCACACGAACCGUAAUUCCCCCGUGGCCAGCGACUUUGACUGGGCGCUCCAUCCCGGAGGUUCAACGAUCAUUACUGGCGUUGAACAAGCGAUGAACCUGACUGUAGACCAUCUAAGAGCAAGCUACGAGAUCUACGUCAACUGUGGUAACAGUUCUAGCGCGACGAUAAUGGCAGUCAUGGACCAGUUGAGGAACAUGGGGGAGGGCAGGGAGCAUGUGGUUGCUUGUGCGUUUGGGCCAGGCAUCUCGCUGGAGAUGAUGAUACUACGGAGGCCAAAACCGACAAUAGACGGUCUUCUAUCUGAAGAGGUCGACUGA